AUGAUGAUCCCCUCCAUCCUGCUCCAACGCCGGCGACGGAAAGACGCCAUAAUCCGUCAGAUUGUACGCAUUACACGUCGCAUUCGCAUAAGUCCACGGCGCACAAGACCUGGCACCCACAUUAGCCACUGCCUUCACGCAAGAAUCAACAACAUAGAAAACUCACACAACAUCAGAGCAAAGACUUUGCAACCCUUCCUCCUGCCACGGCACCACCCUCUCACUCGGCGAACAGCGCUUGUUAAACGUAUUAUCCAACGCGAUGCCAAUACUAAUCCCAUCGCCGACAUGGGUGACGGUAUCCGCGGCCUCCACCCCCAAGCUGGUGGCCGCAUCCACGAUAUUAUGAAUGAAAUAGUGCACAUAGGGCGCGGGCAGAUCCAUAAACCUAUGCACUAUGGUCUGCGAACUGCCUCCCCCAUAUCUUGGCACGCUCCCGUCCGUGCAGCCGAAGAAGUAGCCGAAGUACGCGUAGAAGGAAACGAGGAGAUGGUGCUGAUUGCUAUGUUUAUCAAACGCGGAGAUAUUCUGGCGAAGCGCGGCCUCGCCGCCGCCAUCGAGGAAAUUCAGCGCCACGGCCCUACCGUGCCUAUUUGUGGAAAGGAGCGAGCCGUUGAAGUAUUGGAGCAGAUUGACAUCGUAGACGUCGUUGCAGGGCCCGCGGUAGCGGGCGUGCGGGUCGAGGAAGCCCGUGCCUUGGUAGGUGCCGUUUGGGUCUUGGGGCCAUUUGGGGCCGAUGACGGGGGCGUAGUUGCCCACGAAGGCCAUGUUGAUUACGCGCGUGAUCCAGUCGAGUUGGGUGGAGUCUUUGGGGGCGUAUUUUUGGCAGAGGGUCGUGUUGGUGGGGAUGAGGCUGCCGGGGGGGUAGGAGGGGAGAGGGAGGUUGACGUGCCCGGUCAGGGGGAGCUUGCCGCAUGCGUCUUGGGCUGUUGA